AUGGCACGAACUCAAGUGCCAUUGGUCUUUAGUGCGCGUUUCUAUACUUCUAGCGGUCGCAGCGUGACCGACCCAGUCUGUACGAAGCCAAUAACUCGAUCUCAACUUCCUGAUGGAUCUUUGAUGGAUGUUCUUAGGAAGGAACAUUUCGACAUAGCGGACUGUGUCGUCGAUCAACGAGAUGGGGCUUCCGCCAAUUCUGACACACACGAUGGUGGCGUUGAUGGCUAUUUUAGCAUUUGCUUCGGCUCGGCGAGCGCUGUUGAAGGCCAGCAUACUGAAGGAGACUGUCGAUCUGUUCGUUCUUUCGAAUUCAGUCUUGACUUCUUUUGUGGAAGCGAAGCCAGUGUAGAAUGCUCCAAUCUUCACUCGUCUACUGGUCACUGGAGAUCUGCCGAUGGAGGUGUGAACGGCUUGUUGUCUGGUACACACCGACGUAGCCUGGCUUGCGUCGGGAACGAAACUUUUGCGUGUAACGACGGACGGUGCAUUCCAAAGUCGUGGCGUUGUGACGGUGAUGUAGAUUGCAAGAAUGAAGAAGAUGAGAAAAAUUGCUCGACUACAUGCGGACCAGAAGAAUUUCACUGCGCGAAGGAACAACCAGCCCCGGCCUUUAAAACCGCCCAGAUGUGUAUACCAUCGCGGUGGGUUUGCGAUGGCGAGUUUGACUGCGAAGACAGGAGCGAUGAGCGAGAUUGCCCUGACGUGAAGUGCAACGAGAAUCAGUUCACAUGCUCUGAGUUUGAUGGACAAUUCAAGCUUUGUAUUCCAAAAUCGUGGCAGUGUGAUGGACAAAAGGAUUGUGCGUCAGGCGCUGAUGAGGAGAACUGUGAAAAACGUAAAUGCGAGGAUACUGAUUUUCAGUGCGCCAAUGGGAUUUGUAUCUUCAAGAACUGGAAAUGUGACGGUGAAGAUGAUUGCGGGGACAGGUCUGAUGAAAAGAACUGCACUCAAACGCCGCAACAGAUCUGUGAUUCCAAACGGAUGUUCAAAUGCCUCACGAGUGAUGGUUGCAUAUCGAAAGAUUGGGUUUGUGACGGUGAAGCUGAUUGCUUCGACCACUCCGACGAACGAAACUGUACGGAAACACCACAUGAAUGUGCUCACCCAGAAACGGAAUUCGCAUGUGCGUCUGGGCGGUACUGCAUUAACAGAUUGUGGUACUGUGACGGAGAGGAAGACUGCCCAGAUGGUAGCGAUGAGCGAAAUUGUGCUUCAGCAAGAGAGUGUGUCAAAGGAGAACGAAGAUGUCCUUCUAGCAACCUUUGCAUUUCUGAGACUCAGUGGUGCAAUGGGGUUGAAGAUUGUCCUGACGGUUCCGAUGAGUUGCACUGUCCUACUAAUGGCACAGUUGAGUCUUGCGACAAAGACACACAAUUUUCUUGCCCUACUGACCCUCCCAUCUGUGUUAAAUACAAGGACCUUUGUCUGGAGCGAGGCCAUAAUGAUUGUGGUGAUGACAUCACAUGUGCUAAGAAUCUGUCAAUUUGUACGGAGAAGAGUGACUAUUGCGAUUGUCACAAAUCAUAUGCGAAGAACGUUCGCAUAUGCCAUUGCAGAGCCGGUUUUCGCGCUGUUAACGAGAAGUGUGAAGACAUCAAUGAGUGUGAGCAGCCGGGAACAUGCGAUCAGAUUUGCGAGAAUACUCCAGGCAGUUACGUGUGCAGAUGUCAUCACGGAUACAAACUAAGUAGAAGUCAAAACUCUACCGUUCCUAAUAGAUGUAGAGCACUUGGAGGCGAUCCACUUCUUCUUCUUAGCAAUAGGGCAACCAUAAGGCAGUUCGAUUUAGUUACAAAUGUGCACAUUCCUCUCAUCCAGAGUCCAGGAUCUGCUGUUGCUAUGGAUUUUCAUCUAGAGAACGGAACACUAGUUUGGUCUGAUAUUGCACUGCAAAAAAUUUUGAUGUGUAAAAUUGGCAACGACUCUGUCCAUCACCAUUUAGCAGUCAGAGAAAAGUGUGCUGAUGGGGAGCAGAGCAUUCUUCUUGAUUCAGACGUGCAUACUCCAGAUGGAUUAGCUGUAGACUGGGUUCAUAAUCUUCUUUUCUGGACUGAUGGCGGCCUUGACCAGGUGAAUGUCAUGGAUUUGACGACACGCCGUAAACGUACUUUGUUUUCUGACGGUCUUGAAGAACCACGUGCGAUAGCUGUGGAUCCUGAAAUGGGCCUAAUUUUCUGGACCGACUGGGGAAAAGAGGCUCGCAUUGAACGUGCUGGCAUGGAUGGACAACACAGAACCGUCAUUGUAAAAGGUGAACGAGUCAAGUGGCCCAACGGUCUUGCGUUGGACUACAUUGACAAACGAGUGUACUGGGCAGACGCAAAAGUGAAGUCUAUUUUCUCCUGCGAUUACUGGGGACGUGACAUAAAGAUAAUCCUCCAUUCCCAUCAAUACCUACGACAUCCAUUUUCUAUUGCUGUGUUCGAGGACAGGAUUUACUACACUGACUGGGAGCAUGAUGGAGUAAUCACUAUUAAUAAGUUCACUGGAGGUGAAAUGCGUACUGUUAUGCAGAAAGUUUCUACACCAAUGACCGUUAGAAUUUACCACAGACUUGCACAACCACCACUGCCAAACAAGUGCAUAAACUCGGGUUGUGAUCAAAUGUGUCUUCCUCGAGCUGUGUACCGCAAGAAGGAACGAGCUCUUGAAACUGUAUGGCAUGACAGACCAUUCGCAUGUAUGUGUGAGGGUAACACUCCCACUGACCUUAUAGAAUGUGCCAUAGAUAUUGCGUCUGGCGGCACUGGACGAGGGUUUUCACUUAGCACAAUGUUAUUCUUUUUAAUGUUGUCGAUAUUUGCUGUGAUGGGUGUUCUGUAUUAUCGCAAGCGUCACUCUCCCGGUGCAUUCACUGCUCUGAAUUUCGACAACCCGAUUUAUCGGCGCACUACUGAGCCUGAUAUGGAUGAUCCAUUUCGUGAUCCUUUCAACGACAACAAUGCAAUACAAGAUCAAAGGAAUGUUAGCUUGGUACUAGCUCAUCCGGAAGAUAACGUUCAUAAUUCAAUGAUCGAACCUAUGGAUCGCCCAGUGACCACAUGA